AUGCCCGAGGAAACAACAAUGCUGACUGAUGGGGAUGGCAUCUACACUGUGACAAGUUCAACAGACAAUGCAAAAGCAUACGAAGUGUUUCCUGACGUUGGGCUGUGCACGUGCCGGGCUGGUGGCCAAGGGGCAUUUUGUAGACACCAAGGCGUGGUGCACAGGACUGUCGGAGGGGUGUUGCCCAAUGCCCCAGUACUGACGCCCCGGGACCGUCGUGACCUUGGAAGGCUGGCUCUGGGGGAAAAUGCACCUCCAAUAAGCUUCUACGCAGAUAUCCACGAAGCCGUCACGCCGGACACGAGUGACAACUCAGGUUAUGCAACCAGUCUUCAAGAAAGCCUGGAUGCUGAGCCAUCGACAUCAAGCUUCCAAUCCAAUCUGGAUAACAAGGAAGCCCUCACACAGGAAGACCUCCAGGCCAUGGAAGAAGAGUGUCAGCGACUGUCGACCGUUGCUGGUGGCAACCCAACAUAUGCAAGGUGUUUCCGAAAGGUUGUAAUCGGAUUGCGGAAGAUCCACAACGAGAGUCAGGCGGUGGCCGGCCUACUUGCCCUAAGUGCAGCGAUAACUGGUCCAACUAGAAGGGGAGGGCACAUUCGCGUGCAGCCGACAAACAUUGCAAGGCGUCGCAAGGGAGUUAGUAGAGGCUCCAAGAGAGUGCCUUCCGGUCGACCACCAAGCCAGCCUGGUCCAAAGAGGGCAAGGAAACAGGCCCAUUCUCUAAGUGCCAGCAUCAAGCGCAACGUGACAAGUGCAAAAUCCCACGGUCAGGGACACUAAUGCCGUGCCGGGGGGCUUUUGUCCUGACAAGUUUUUACUCAAAUCCUCGACACUUUUUGUUCUGGCUUUUUGAAAGACUGAACUAGUUAUAACAAAUAUCCUGUAAACCUAUGUUUUUUUGUUUGUGUUUUUUUUAAUAAUGCCAAGUUUGUUUCUGCAAACAUGCAGAAAAAGAGAUUCAGAGUGUUUUGGAAACAUUUUUCUAGUUUUUGAAAGUGCUUGCCAUGUUAAUUUUCCUUAUUGUCUUCUUAGUAUAGAAUUGCUUGUAUUGCAAAUAUCUGAGCUGCAGGAACAUCUUUUUAAAAAUUAGGGUGGCAAAAGUGUGCAUGUUUUAUAUAAUGUAUAAUUGAGCAGUUCCAAUUCCCAACAUGUACGGAAUUGCAAGAUGUGAAUUUUUUUUUAGGAUGAGCUGUACAGUUAUCAUUUGUAUGGUACAAUUAUAAUCGGUUUGAAUGAUGCACAUUUAGGAUAUAUAUUUGCAUUGCUCUCUUCUUUGAAAUGUUUGUAAAUGUGUUUCUGCAAAGGAUAAGACUACAGCCACACUGUUCUUAACAACCUUUUGCUAUGAAACCAAUCAUUAAAAAUAUUGCUUCAACAAAAAACAUGUCAUUUAUUUCAUAUUUUUUAUGAGAAGCGCAGCACUGCACCAAACCUUGACGUGAAAUUGGUUUAUCAAUAGUUGAUGUUCUCCGCAACAUUGAAA